AUGCACGACGAACUACCGCGAGAUCUAAUAGAUAUUUUUAUUGUGAUGACGUAAAGGAAGGUUGACAUUUUUUUUUUAGUCGUUCGUGAAUAGUCUUUUUUAUUUUAUUUAUUUAUUUAUUUUAAAACGCCACUGCCGAAAACUGGCGAUACGGUUCCUUUUAUAAUAUAUUUAUAAAUUGUAAAAAAAAAAAAAGACUACAAAUCCCAGAAUACCUUGUUUUUGUAGUCGACUUUAGGGUAAGGGGGGUGUUUGGUUUCCAGGGCAACGAAGACGCAAAAGUUCUGUCCAUGGAUACCAGAAUUAUAACGCGCCGAAUCAUAUGAUUUAUUACUAAUAGUUUGGGCUCAAAACAAAUGAAUAAUGAAGAAUACGAAAUAUUACACGCCGUAUGAAGUCUCGUUACACAACACCAUUGACGAUAUCUGGGUGUCUUAUCUGGGUAAAGUUUAUAACCUAACGCCGCUGAUAAAAGAGCAUGCAGGAGACGUGCUUCUCAAACCCCUCAUUGAAAUGGCAGGGAAAGACAUCAGCCACUGGUUCAACCCCAAGACCAAAGACAUCCGGACGCACGUUGACCCCCUGACGGGCUGUGUGAAGUACUUCACCCCUAACGGGCGUUUUCUGCACGUCCCUCCUCCGUGGCCCUGCAGCGACUGGCCGACCGACUCCGGCCGGCCCUGGUGGAGCGAGACGCGGUACGAGGAGGGCGUCCUCUCAGGCAAGACGAGGUGCCUCCGCAUCGUCAACACACUGACAUCACAGGAGCAGACCAUCGAGGUCUGCACAGAGGAGAGCUUGAAUGCCAUUCUUCAGCGGUACCUCCGCUACAACGCGCACGCUGCCAGCUACACCUGGAAGCACAACGGGGUCAGUCUGGACAUGGACAAAACCCUGGGAGACAACGGGAUCCCGGACGAGGACGAGGAAUUCUACCAGCUGAGGAUGGACAGGGAGCGCUACACCCAGGCCAUUCACCUGUACUUCAACGAUGACCUCACCGAAUUCUGAAGCCCCCCCCCCCCCCCCCCCCCGCUGCUCGUUUGAGGCCGCCCAUAGGAAACGUCACUCUCUGUGUUUGUGUCUGUCUGUCUGUGUCUGUGUCUGUCUGUCUGUCUCUCUGUGUCUGUCUCUCUGUGUCUGUCUGUCUGUCUCUUUCUCUGUGUCAGUCUGUCUGUCUCUCUGUGUCUGUCUGCCUGUCUCUCUCUGUGUCUGUCUGUCUCUCUCUCUGUGUCUGUCUCUUUCUGUGUCUGUCUCUGUCUCUGUCUCGCUGUCUCUCUGUCUGUGCUCACACUGAUAUUUGUAUUAUUAUUGAUGAGCUGUAAAAUCCAACUACAUGUACCGCGGACAAUAAAUGCAUAUACAGUAUGUUGUGUUGUGGUUUGU